UUUAUUUACAUUUUUCACGGAACUUGUUUUGCAUCAGGUUCACAUCGGAUGCCAGUAGCACCGUAAUCCGCGCUUUCUUUUCCUUUCCUAGUGGUUUAGUUUCGAGUUUUAUUGAAAUUAAUUAGGUAUCGCUGCUCCGCAAAAUGUUGCCCUCAACGUGGAUCCGUUUGGUGAGUCAAAAUCUUCCGAACGCCCGCCGUUUGGCCACGGUGUCGGCAGGCCCUACAAGCUGUGCCCAGAGGAAGGUUCGUCCUAUCAGCAAAAUGUGUGGCUGGCAAAUUCACUCCUACGGCAGUUUGGAAGAGGUCCAGUUCAGCGACAACCUAAAGAUGCCAGUCCUAACGUCGCCAAAUCAGCUGCUCGUGAAGGUGACGGCCUCUUCCGUGAAUCCGAUCGAUGUCGCGAUGAUCAAGGGCUACGGAGCAUCUGUGCUGAAUGCUAUGCGCUGUAAGAGUAGUAUCGAAUUUCCUCUGACGCUGGGUCGAGAUUUUUGCGGAGAAAUUGUACAGAAAGGAAUGGGAGUGUCCAGCCGUGAUUUGGACGUCGGCGAUGAAGUGUGGGGAGUUUGCCCGCUGCAUCAGCAAGGCUCCCAUGCGGAAUAUGUUGUCGUGGAACGGUAUUGCCUUUCAAAUAAACCAGAAAAUCUCAGUAAAAUCGAUGCAAGCGCCGUGCUAUACGCUGGCCUGACUGCAUGGUCCGGUUUAUAUUUAACCGGACAGCUGGGGAAUUUGCUUGGUGCCAUAUCACCCGUCGGGGGAGGACGAGGCAAAAAGGUGCUAGUUCUGGGUGCAGCUGGUGGCGUAGGGACGCUGGUAGUCCAAAUGCUACUGGCCGAAGGUAUAGACGUCUUUGCAACGUGCUCAACCGAUGCCGUUGAAAUGGUACAAAAUCUAGGGGUCAGCUACGUUUUGGACUAUAAUGAUCCGGCCCAUGUUCAACAGUUGUCGAGUGUUGGAAAAUUCGAUAUCAUCCUGGACUGCGCCGGCAAGGGAACCGACUAUGCCACUUCCGUACCAUGGAGGUUCGAACAGUACAUCACAUUCAACUCACCGGUGUUGAAAAAUAUCGAUGACAACGGAUUCGCAACGGGCAUGUACCAAAAUGCGGUAAGUAUUGUGCGCAACAAUUUGGCAUCGGCAGGUGCCCACAAUGGACUGGUGAAGUGGGGUUACUUUGUUCCGGCCCCGCAAGGCAUCGCGUACCUGCAGAAGUUGGUGGAGAAGGGCAAACUGUUGCCGAUCAUCGAGAAAGUGUUUCCAUUUGAUCGCACUGCGGAAGCGUACGCUCGUGUGGAUGAAAAACACCUGCGAGGGAAAAUUGUGAUAGAUUACAAUUGAAAAUUGUCGAAUUUUAUAAUAUAGAUAAAUAGACGAAAUUAA